UUCGCACGGCUCGCGAGAUUAUGCUUCAAAUUUCGACAAUCUUCGCGAGACGAGUUCAGAAUUUCACUGUCAAAAUCCAAAUCGCUGGCGUCGACGACGCAAAGAUAAACCGAACGGGAAGACUCAUUGGAAGAGAGAGGGAGCCAUGGGUGCUUCUCAGGCCAUGAAGAGAAUCCCUCGCAUCAAGUUCCCUCAGAGACAUCCCAAGCCCUCAGGGUCUGCAUAUGAGACGCAGGCUCCAGUCUCAGAAAAUGAUGCUUUACCAUUCUUUUCAAGCUCAAAAGCUCCAUCAACUGUGGGAGGGAAAGCCUCACUUCAGCCCAAAAGAACUCCUGUGUCCAGUGAGGAGAUUGAGGCAAUUAUGUUGGGUGGGUGCUUCUAAGCGUGUCCUAACGUUGCGAGGAUGACAGCUCUAAUCUGUCUUAAUGUACUAGCUGAUGGUUCCGAUUUAGUAAUUCCCUGUAAUUUAAGAACAAUAUACUAUUCCUGUUUGUCAAUAAUGGUUUAGGCACAGAAGUGGAAUGGAAAUCCGUGAUUGAUAUUUCUACGUUGUUGUAGUAAUUGAUGUAAUUGAAUAAUUGAUUUUGGAAUAUAGGGACCGACAACGAUCCUGGUUGAUGUUUCAA